AUGUCUACCUUUUCGCCACAGUACCAUCGUUCCAGAUUCGACAACGUGGAAGACGUUGAAAGCUAUGUUCCUGGAGGCUUCUAUCCAGUUCGCCUCGGAGACAUCUUUCACGAUCGAUACAAGAUUAUCCACAAACUAGGCUUCGGUGGCUUCUCCACAGUAUGGCUAGCUUUAGAUCAACGAGAGCAUCGACAUGUAGCCCUGAAAAUUGUUCGAGCCGACGCAUCUUCAAACUGUUCAGAGCUUGCAAUCCUUCAAAGACUUCAAGCUAUUCCGACUCCACAUCCAGGAAGGCAACACGUUGCAUCAUUGUUCGAUCAUUUCACCAUCGAUGGACCAAAUAGGACACAUAGGUGUCUCGUAUCUGACGUGGCAGGGCCAAGUGUGACUACGCUGAAUGACUUUCCUGGAAAAGGAGCGGGUAGUCAGAGAUUGAGAGCAGAUUUAACGGCAAAGCUUGCGAAACAAGCCGCAGAAGCGCUGGAUUUUCUUACUUCCACCAACGAGUGGUCUGAAGACGAAAUCUACCAGCGUUUUGGUGUCCCUCAGAAGGAUCCCAUCCUCACCAUUACCGGCUCCGAACCUGGACAGUCCGCUCCGAGAUAUCUGGUCGAGUCGGCUGGCCUCAUUGACCCACAGUUUCUGACUGAAGAUAUACUACUGCUAGAUUUCGGCCAAAGCUUUCCAUCUGAUACCCCACCGCCAGCGGAAGAGGUCGGCAUACCAUUUUCAUACUGCGCACCAGAGGUCAUCUUCGACUCAAAAGUGAACAAAUACUCAGAGAUAUGGGCAUUAGGAUGCAUCAUUUUUGAACUCAGAGCUGGCCAGCAACUAUUUGCCAGUUGGUCCGGAGGCCAAGACGAGAUUCUGCGUCAGAUGAUCCAGACAUUUGGGAGAUUGCCCGAUCCAUGGUGGGCUGCUUGGUACAAGCGUGCGGACUUCUUCGACGAUGAUGGCAAGCCCAAUAAAGACUGGAGUGGUGGCAUUCAGAAAGCUGUUGAGUGUCCGAUAGACGACCUCAUAGCUGAUAUUGGCUUGGAGGACGAUGAAAAUGACAUCCCGAGGGAAGCUGAGGCGAUGUUAGAAGCUAGCUUCAAGAAGGUCCCUGAAGAGGAAGCGGUACAACUGAAAGAUCUUUUGGAGAGUAUUUUCAAGUGGGUGCCAGGAGAUCGGGCCUCCCUAGGUGAGAUUUUGAAUCAUCCCUGGUUCACGACCAUUUACGAGACUUGGUAG